UCCCGCCUUUUGUUGGAUCGUCAAUGGGAACGCCCUGGUCAGCUAUUGGUCAAUGUUUUCCGUAUCACUAGUAACGGCUCCAGAAGUCUUUGCGAAAGCUAGCUCGUCCCAGUUUUCUUGUCUCUGAAUUGUCAAAUGAUUCUCGUGAUGUUAAAAUGAUUAAACAGUGUCACCGUCCGCUUGAUCAGCUUCUCGAGAACUGACGUAGUUUCUGACGAUUAAGUGACAUGGGAAGACAUUCUGCCAGCCAUUUCUGAUCAAGCGGCAAUGUUUAUGAAGAAGAUAGUUGUUGAUCACUGCAAAGGUUGAAAGAGAGAGAGAGAGCAUGUCCUGGGCUCGACCCCGAGAAUGUCUUCCAUUUAGGACGAUGUUUUUAAGAUUAUGUUGUGGUUCUAUUUUUGUCUUUAAUUUAAUAGUUACUUUCCUUUGUUUUGUGUGAUGAUAACGUAUGACAGUGAGUCGCAAACAAGGGAAUAUAGAAGGUGAAACCAAGGGUUUUUUUUAAACCACAACGAAUAUAAUUUCCAUGGUAACAGCCCAUCAAAAUAGGAUUCUAGGGAAUAUUCUACUUACCCCUCUCCUAACACAAACCUCUCACUUAGGGCAAAAUGUUGAGUUAAGGGAGGGGUAGGUGGGUAGUUUUGCAGCGUCAUUUCCUUGGUGCCUGUAUUAAGUUCUAGUUGUUGGAGAGCGUUUUACUUUUUAAAGCGACCACUGUACUUUAUUCAACGUGUUAAACCGAUGUUUGUACUGAACCUUUAACUCCUAGAUUGCGCUGCGCGGAUGAAAAAAUGUCUAAAGUGCAAAGGAACUAUAACAAGAAAAAUAUCCAGUGGUGAGUUGUUGUUCAUUUAAAUCUGCGUUUGUAAUGAUUAAGGGGAAGUUCGCCUUAAGGAAAGAAUCAAAACAAAUUGAAACAAAUAGCAUCAUGAAUUAAAACAAAAGGCCUGUUCAAAGCAGAGGAUUCUACGGCUGUCGGUUCAUGUACAGUCGAACGUUCCACUACGGAAACUUCUGUACCGCCGAGAGAUCAAGGAGAGUGGUAAAAUUACAGUUCUCCGUGACGAAUUCUUAAUUUUUUUCGACCUGUUGUGGGAAGGACUAUAGUAGUAAUAAGGGGAUGCUUUCCGACUCAACUCUAACUCUGUCAUCUUUCCCUGGUUAAUUUCCCUCUUUCUCGAAAAACUCGUUCCGAUUAUUUCCGUCAUAUUUUUUACUUCGCUCCAGUCAGUUUAUUCCACUCGCUCACUUUCGCUCGCUCGCUUCAUUCACUUCCUGUCGCUCAGUUCAAAAAAGACGUCAAAAAUCUCACUCGCUUUAUCUCGAAAGGGAAAUUAACCAGGGAAAAAUGAGAGUUAAACUUUAUCCGGAAAUCAUCCCCUUAUUACUACUCUAAAGUAAAAGUGAAGCCAGAAUAACUUUAGGGAAAAUCCCGUUUGCUGAAUUUUUGAAGAGAAGCUGGUAUUACUCCAUAUGAAUUUUUUAGAUCUAGAUGCCCUUAUUUAAAAGACUUCUUAAGAAAUCAUCGGAAUAUCAAAGUUAGAUUUGUUUUAGUUUGUCUAAUGGGAAAAAAGGGAGGUAAUGAUAAAAUAAGUAUUACGGUUCAGGGUAAAGCAUAUUUUCAUUCAGAUACUCAUAUUAAUCUUGAAUCAACCGAUGUAAAAGAAAUACUUGCUAAAAUGAUUAGCAAGAGUAUCAGCAAAAUGGAAGUGGGUGGUAUUUUAAAGAGGUAGUUCAUCUUGAAAUUCACACUGUUGACUACAACCCAAUGAGGGGGUCUUCUUAUAUACCAUUACCAGGAUGGAUUAUGCUAAAGAAAGCGAUUGUAAACAUCCGAAACACUGAUGAAAAAUGUUUUCUUUGGUGCCUACUUAGAUAUCUUCAUCUAAGAGAGAACAAUGAUACCCGAUUAACAGAUUUGAAACAAUAUGAAAAUGAUCUUAGUACCAAAGGAAUUGAUUAUCCAGUCAAACUAAGAGUCAUAACCAAAUUUGAAACUUUAAAUCCAUCACUUCCAGGAAUAAAUGUAUUUUCAGUUAAUGAGAAUAAUAAGCUUUACCCUUUGAGAAUGGCAAAACGAGACACCCAAAAUACAACUGAUUUGUUUCUUCACGGAACAAGAUGGGAAAACCCAUUAUUCACUUAUUAAAAACUUUUCACGAUCGUGUAGAUCACAGAGAACAUCACGAUCAAGUGGUAUAACUUGUAUUUGCAAGAAAUGUUUUAUUCACUUCUCAAAAGAGGAAUUAUUUCAAAAACAUAUCGAAUAUUGUUCAUCCAAUGAAACAGUUGCUGUGCGUAUGCCUUCUAGAAACACAAAGUUAUGUUUUGAUAAUUACCACAAACAACUUCCAGUUCCUUUUGUAGUUUAUGCCGAUUUUGAAUGUUUUACCAAACCGAUGAGCACUUGCUGUCCCAAUCCAGAGGAUUCAUAUACUUACAGUUACCAGAAACAUGAGCCAUCAGGAUUUUGUUUAUAUAUCAAAGGAUUGGACCCUAACAUAACAUUUAAACCAAUUCUUUACACAAAAACCACCAAAAGUGAUGACAUCUCUGCAAUUUUUGUUUCUAAACUUGCGGGAAUAACAAAUAAGAUAUACAAUGAUUUUUAUUGUCGACCAUUACCUCUUAAAUUAACAAAACAAGAACAAGAAGAAUUUAAUAAAGCCGAGUUUUGUUAUAUUUGCAACAAAGCAUUAACGGUGAUAAAGUUCCCGAUCACUGUCAUUUUACUGAAAAGUAUCGUGGAGCUGUUCAUAACUGUUGCAACUUGAGAUGCCGAAAGCCAAUAAUUCUUCCAGUUAUAUUUCACAAUCUUCAAGGGUAUGAUGCACAUUUGUUUAUUAAACAACUUUUUCGUUUGCCAGGUGAAUUAAACUGUAUUCCAUCGACAGAAGAAAAAUGUAUUUCGUUUUCUAAAAAGAUUAAAGUGGACGAGUUUAUAUCUCGACGUACUGGAGAAACAGUUUCGGUGUAUUUUGAGUUACGAUUUAUUGAUUCUUACAAGUUUCUUCAAACAUCUCUUACAAAUCUUGUUGGAAAUCUACAACUAACCAAUGAUUUUCACAACACAAAGGCUAUAUUUCAAGAAAAUAUAGAAUUGUUAACUCGUAAGGGUGUUUAUCCAUAUGACUAUGUUUCGUCAAUUGAGAAACUUUCUGAGACGCAGCUUCCACCUAAAUCAGAAUUUUAUUCAAAACUAAAUGACGAAAAUAUUUCAGAUUCUGAUUACCAACACGCACUUAAUAUCUGGAGUACUUUUAAUUGUAAGUCUAUUUGUGAUUAUCACGAUCUUUAUCUAAAGUCUGAUGUUCUUUUGCUGGCAGAUGUAUUUAAGAGCUUCCGAAAAACUUGUCUUCACCAUUUCAAUCUAGAUCCCGCGCAUUACUAUACAUCUCCAGGUUUGGCUUGGGAUGCAUGCCUGAAAGAAACAGGUCCAGAAUUACAACUGUUGCAUGAUUAUGAUAUGUUGAUGAUGUUUGAGCGUGGUAUUCGCGGAGGAAUAACUCACAUAUCAAAGAGAUAUGCAGAGGCGAAUGAUAAAUAUAUGAGAGAUUAUGAUCCUAGCAAACCUUGUACUUACAUUCAAUACCUAGAUGCUAACAAUCUUUAUGGCUGGGCAAUGUCACAACCACUUCCUACACAUGGGUUUAAAUGGCUAAAAGAUUUAACUGUAGAUUCUGUAAUUAAUCGGUUAGAAAAACGAAAGACAAACAAGGGAUACAUAUUUGAGGUUGACUUGGAAUAUCCUCGUAAACUGUGGAAUUCACAUAAUGAUUAUCCUCUUGCUCCGGAGAAGAUGGUUGUGAAUAGAGUAGAAAAACUGAUUGGAUCUUUUAGACCUAAAAAACGCUAUGUAGUACAUAAUCACAAUCUUAGACAAUAUCUUGAGAUGGGAAUGAGACUAACUGCUGUUCUCAGAGGAAUAUCAUUUUACCAGACUGCAGCAAACAGUUUUGAGAAAGACUUUUUUCGAGUUUAUGAAUAAUUCAGUGUUUGGCAAAACAAUAGAAAACAUUAAAAAGAGACAAAAUAUAAUAUUGGUAGAUAGCCGCGCCAAAGCCUCAAGUUUAUCAACAAAACCAAACUUUGAUCGAGCAACAAUAUUUGAUAGUAAUCUUAUUGCUGUUCAUAUGAAGAAAACUGAAGUGUAUUUUAACAAACCAAUUUAUGUUGGGCAAGCAAUACUGGAUUUGUCGAAAACACUAAUGUUUGAUUUUCAUUAUAAUUAUAUUAGAAAAAAAAUACGAUGACAAGGCUGAGUUGUUGUUUACAGAUACUGACAGUUUGUUGUACUUAAUCCAUACGGAUGGUUUUUAUAAGGAUAUAUCUCAUGACAUUAAGAAAAAGUUUGAUACUUCUGAUUACCCUGAGAAACAUCCAUCUGGCAUCAAGACAGGAGUUAACAAGAAAGUUUAAAGAUGAAGUAGCUGGCCGCCUGAUUUCUCAUUUUGUUGGUCUUCGUCCAAAGCUUUAUAGUUUUAAAGUGGAGUCGACCGGGGGCGCGGGAUUAACCAAAAAGGCGAACGAAGUUCGCAAGUGUAAGGGGAUUAAAAAAAAUGUUGUUAAACGGGAAAUCACAUUUGAAGACUAUGUCUAGUGUUUAUUUUCUGGAGCGAAACAAAUGAGAGCGAUGAAUAUUAUUAGAAGUGAAAACCAUGAUAUUUACUCUAAGAAUGUAAAUAAAAUUGCUCUAAGUAAUGAUGACGAUAAACGUAGUGUGAUGGAAGAUUGUAUUCAUACACCAGCUUUAAGGUAAAAUUAGUUUAAAUAAAGAUCGAUUAUAUUUUUUAUAGGAAGGAAAUAAAUUUUAUUCUCAUCCUAUUUAUGAUAAUUAUUACGCAAGUAAAAAAGGGGAAAUCUAUGGCAAAAAGAGAAACAAAUUAAUAAAACUAUAUGAACAUAAAAAUGGAUAUUUAAAUUGUAAUGUCUAUUUCAAUUCAUAUGUAAAAAAUUAUCGAGUUCGUAGGUAUGUUUUUGAAUGCAUUCGUGGGAAUAUACGAAAAAAUAAAGUUGUUGACCACAUAGAUAAUAAUAAGAAAAAUAAUCGUAUUGAUAAUUUACAGUUAUUAACUCCAAAGGAGAAUUCGAGUAAAUGCCGUCGUAAGAAUAAAACAAAAGAAAUACAAAUUAAUGUUACGAUAGUAAAUAUUUGUGUUUUUGGUGGUAAAAGGGAAGAGUUAUAUAAGUUAAUCACAAAACGUGCUACACGGAAGAGCAAAUAGAGCGAUAUCUAGAAAUAUUAAAUAAUUACUCUACCAACCAAGCAGUAGGGGAUAGAGAUAGAGUGGGUUAGAUGCUGGUAUUGUUAUAGUGAUCGUUUCUUUGUUAAUUCAGGUUAUAACAUUUGCGAGAAGUGUGGAGCGAGUAGUGGUCAUGCUUUAGAGUUUUAUGAUCAGAAAGAGUAUGGUCGAUUUCAUUUUCGAAAGAAGAGUAUCUAUCAGAGAAUGUAUCAUUAUGAGAAAAAGAUUGCUCAAGUUUCUAAAAGACUACACCUGACUGAGGAGCAAAAGUAUUAUUUAUUCAAGAAACUAAUGGCAAUAGACCAACACGUCAUGGAAAUACUAAACGAACGAUUCUGUAGAAAGACAAUGAUAAGAGUUGUUUAUCUAAUCAAAAAACUUUUAAAAGAAAUGGGAAAUAAAAAGUACAAGUUAGUUUAUCUUAAGAUUUCUGAACAAACUCUGGCGAAUUAUAAAAGGUGAUGGUAUAGUUACAAAUCUCCGUCCUAGUAAACUUUUCAAGGGAGGGGGUCAUAGGGGGGUACCGUAGGUUCCUCCUAUUCUACAUAACUACCAGAUAGUUUUUCUUGUACGAGAACUCUGUCGUAUACUUCUGAGUCGAAAUCGUAAAAGUUUGUAGAAUACAUUAACCUAUGUAUUACUCCAUCAUCUGAUAAAAAACCAAAGUUUACUCUUUGAUUUUGGUUACUAAGUGGAGAAGAAGAUUCUGUUAGAGUUGAGCUGUUGUUAGACCCCGCUGCUUUUGUAAUAUUUGCAUUACUGUUUUCUGUUAACCAGAUAACAAUUCGCUUUCCAUUCAUACUAUUAGGCAUGACAGUAACUUGUGAUCCCAGAUUGGUUAUGAGGGUUUAUCUUGUUGUUCUAAAAUCAUAUUUUAAUUCUGUUUUAAGAUUGGUAUUUGCAACAUUUGCAAACAAAGUAAAACUUCUAUAACCUGAGAUCAGGCCCAAUUUGAGCGGUUCUCAUACAUUCUCUCUAACGGCUACCGCUGAAAUUGGGCCUGAUACAAACUAUUACAAGUUUGUGCUCGUUACGGCCAGAUUUUGGCCGUAACGCUGAUUGGCUGUUAGAACAAUGCCACAAGAUCUGAUUGGCUGUCGGAAACGCCGGAAGUUGAAAGCGCUUAUUCCUCGCGUGGUUGUUUUCGUGAAUGAUCCGUCGUCGGUGGAGAGAAGGAUCGAUUUUGCUGUCUUUUUUAUUGUUUUAUGGUCUUAUGGUAGGAAAAUAUGCCUUAAUAUGUGCCAUGGAAAUUCAGAAAAUUCACGUGGUUGUUCAUAUCUUCUCAGGAUUUGCUUUAUUUACGGAAAGUGAGUGUAUCGCGGAGUUGAAUCCCUCUGCAAGUUGUUGACCGCUAACAAGGUUUACCAACAAACGGGUGCAAUUCAAAAUACUGUCCAUCUUAAAACUGGUUUAUUUGAAAGUUUAGCCGGGAAUGACUUCUCUGAACAGGGUACGCAAGCGGAGGCUCACUGCGAAAGAAACCUCAAUCGCCAACUGUGAAGUAUUAGACGAAAAAUAUCGCAUCGCUGUUCAAGGAAUUUUCAGUGUUCACAGACUGGUUGUUUGACUACGCUUUUUGUUAAAAGUAAACCAAGAAAACUGGUGUCCUCGCUCGUUGGGUGUUUGCUUUUGUUUUCAAAGAUUUAUGUACUGAAAAUCAGGAGAAGUUGCCGAGGAAAAUAUCAAGACAACGGAAAAAUAGAGAUUUCAGUAUUUUAAAUUCCAGAGCGCCUAGCCAAAAUAAUAAAACUAGUAGAACAUCGUGUCGCCGUCUUUUCGAAAACUUUUUACUUUCUACGCCAACAGAAGUAACCUUCUAGAUCUCCCUUAAUCUCGCAAGAAGUUAAAUGUGAUUGUGCUGACUGUUUUAUUUUUAGCUGAAAAAAAUUAACAGAUAAAAGCUAUUUUUUAAGUCAGCCAGUCUGCAUUUUUCCCACGCGUGAAAAAUUUGCAUACUAGAAAAACAAGCAACGGAAGUAAUUCUGAUUGGCUGAUUCGGCAAAUGUCAAUCAAUCAAAAAAGUGGGCGGCAGACAUUUCGUUAAAGGUUUGUAUCAGGCUCUCUUUUCGUUUCGUCUUGCCCGCCGGAAUGUAAUUUUCAAAGCGAAACGAAGAUAGAGCCUGAUCUCAGGUUAAACUUCUAUUUCUCCAGAAUUGCAUUACAACACAAAGUGUGAAGUUUUUACUGUGUGGGACAGUUACUGUUAAACCAUAUCCAUUAACUACUAAUCCAUCCGCUUGUAUUUCAGCUAUAUUUUUGUGUGGUAAAUGUAAUGUUUGGUUUUAAACCUGUAUAAGCAACUCCUGAUGAACCUCUUGUUAUUUGAUACAAACUAGCAUCAGAAAAGUCAUAGAACUCACUAAAGUUUUUUCUGUAAAAAGCCUUUGUGGUAAAACGAACUAGUUCUUUGAACAGCCUAACUGUUGCCGCGCUAUUAUCAUUAUUUCUAUCAACAUCAAUGUAUAAUAUCUUUUUAUUAUUUGCGUUGAUGUUAACAUUGUAAGAAACUUCUAUUGGUUUGAUAUCAAAUGCGGUGUGAUAGUCGUAAACUUUAUCUGGGUCGAUAUUGCUGGCUUUUCCCACGAUGCCAUAAGCAAUUAUGUAAACUCCUUUAAAGUUUCGUGGAUAAACUGCUAAAUCAGUUCCUUCCUGGGGGUUGUUAACUAGUAUAUGAAGAAAAUAGGGGCUCGACGUUGUCUUGCGAAAAUUAACUAUUAUUUUGUGAUAGUAUAUAAACUGUGGUUGAUUUUUUGGAUCAAGAUACCUGAGGCUAUAUUUUCGCACACUAACAUUUCCGAUAGUUAAUCCUUGUGAAGAGCCUGUAUCAACAGAUAUUUGUGAUUUAUGCCAUAGCUUAUAAUCAGUGUUGAGUACUUCUAAACAAAGGGUAUAGUCAGCAUUUACAGUUAGUCUGUAAAAAUUAAUUCCCAUUUUAUACUUAUAACCGCCUUGAGAAUUCUUAGUUAUAGUGGUAUUAAGAACUUAAUGAUUGUAAUCAUGAAAGUUACCAUUAGAAGGUGAUAAGUCAUCUAUCUUUGUUAUAUUAAAACUAUUUCCACCAUCUAUUUCAUCUGUCCAUUGAUUUGAGUUUGACAUGAGAAAAGCAAUCUGAUCUUUAAAAUGGCUUGGUUGAAUCGAAGUGUGGUGAAUGAGGCUAUCAAUGUAGGACUUAGUUGCCGCGUCGCUAUUUGAAGUGGGUGUUUUAAGAUUUGCUAUUUUGUGGUCGCCAAUAUUUAGAUCUCCAGUCAUUGUAACACUGCCGUCUUUUUUGAGAAAAGAACUAGUAUUAGGUAUACUAUCAUCCACAUACUUUUCGUUUGCUUCAUCUGUGUCUGAUGUUAGUGGUCUUAAAUGAAUUAGACUUUCAUUGUUGAUGUUUAAAUUUCCUCCCAUUGCGGAUGUUCCAUCAAUGUGGAGAUAUUUAAGAUCGGUGAAAGCCACUGUUGUUGGUUGUUUUGAUCGAGUUGGAAGUGGCAGAUUGAAUUUCCGAUUGUUGUCCAUGUUAAGAUUUCCAGUCAUCAAUCUUGAUCCAUCUAGCUUUACAAAGACACUACCAUCGACUUUGUUAUCAUCUACCUAUUUCUUAGUUGCAGCGUUACUAUUAGCUGUUGGUGUUGCGAGGCCGGUUAUUUUUUUAUUUCCCAUAUUAAAAUCCCCAGUCAUUGCUGUUUUUCCAUCGAUACUGAGGUAGUUUGAAUGCCCGUACCCCCGUGUUACUGGUUGGUGAUCUUGUGUUGGUGAUGGCAGACCAACAAUGCGAUUAUUGUUCAUGUUAACAUUUCCAGUCAUUGCAUGACUUCCAUCUCUGAAAAAGAAACGCGCAUCUGCGUAAUGUUUUGUGGCUGGUUCAUCUGCAUCAGAUCGUGAUUUAAGGUUUAGAAUACGGUAUGAAUCUUUCAUAUCAAUGUUCGAAUCAACUGUUAAUAAUCAUGUUUUUCCACCGCCAGAAUUCUCAUCAAUAUAUUUCUUUGUUGCCGCGUCGGUGUUGGAUGCCGGAGCACCAACAUUUCUUAGUUUUUUACCCACCAUAUCAUAAUUUCCGUCUGAGGUGAGACUAAAUCCAACUCCUGGAGCGCCUUGAAUUCCGCGAGCAAAAGGAUGACUAUAAGAAAGUUCGUUAAAUAUUCCCAUUUUAAUUAUUGCAUAUAUUAUCAGUGACGUUUUUUGCAAUGACUUUCUUUGGCUUAUCAACAUACAGAAAUGUGUACGGUUUUCUAGUUGCUGAUCUGUACCUUUCUUUAUCAACUCCCAACUCAGAUGAUAUUCUGUCGGAUUCUCGCGAUGAUGGAAAUUCGUAUAAACAGUAGUGAGGAUAAUGCAGUCGAAUAUCCUUUGGAGUUUUGUAAAACGGCUAACUAAGGUAGAUUACAGAGCAAUACUUAUGCCUUCCUUGAAUAAAAUAAUCAAUGAUUUGUCUCUGGUUUUUAUCGCAGACGUAAUCAUCAAAUAUCACAAGUUUUUGGUUGUCUUCGUAAUCCAUUUCUGACACUGGGGUUAUUUCAUCAUUACUCACAUGAAGUAUUUCAUAUCCUAGUUUAUGGGACAACUCUCUCAUUUUCUGGAUUAAUCGCUGGUACUUUUGCUGCUCUAGAUUACGAGCAUAGAGAUAAAUCUCAUCAUAGUACAAUAGUGGUUUAAUUAGCAUAUGGAAAAGAAGAUUAGUUUUACCACUUCCACUGUUUCCACAGAUCAACAUCCGGAAUGAAUCUGAUGGCAAGUUAGGGUGUAGCUGUUUGAAUUUGUUAUUUGAAUUAUCACUGCUAUCAUAGUUAGGUAUUUCCAUUUUUGUCUAAUAUGUGCAUUAAAUAAAAUGGAUAUUAACGAAGUUAAAACUCGGGCUAAAAAUAAGAUUGAAUCCGAGAGAUCAGAGAGAAGGUUUUCGUGAGUCUUUUAAACCCCUGAUUUCCCAGUUUAAAAAACCUGAGGAUGAUAAAACUAAAACGAUUUUUACUCAAAACCAAGAAAUGCUUAAAAAUCAGUUGGCUCUUACAGAAGGUCUUAGAGCCAAUCAGCGAGCUAUUACUCAAGGUUUUAAUCAGUUGGAAGGAGAAAAAAAAGAUGAAAUAGAGCCAGAUUUAAAUCCAGUUACACAAAGAAAAAUCUUACAAUAUAACCUUGAAAAAACUUUUAAUGAUGAUGAUAAAAAGAUUUUAAAAAGACUUGGUUAUCCGCUGCCAAAUAAACUUUUAGAUGCCGAUCCUGAUGAAUUAAAAGAAAUUUAUAACAAAGUAACUAAUGAUGCAAAAAAAUGGGUAAUAAAGUUGGAGCUUUGAAAAGAACCAAAAAGAAAUCUGAGGAGGAAAAAAUGGAACUUGAUUUAUACCAAAUGCAUCAUAAAACACAAAAGGAAUAUAAAGGAAUUCUUGAAUUUUAGUUAAUAUAAAUUAGGACAAGGUUUAAAAAAUCCUAACCAACUCAUUGAUAGGCUUAAACUGCUUGGUGGGUCUAUUAUGGCCGGAAACAAUGGUGUUUUGCCGGAGUUUACUCAGAUAGCAAACUAUCUAAACUCAAUCAAAGUCUUACCCACAAAAGAACUAAAUAAAAUGAUGAAAACAAUGAAAAUCUAUCUGGGUAUGAAAUAAAAUAUGCAUUAACUAAAUGGAUAUUGAUCAUGCCAAAAAACUUUCACAAGAUAAAAUUAAGGCAGAUUUUCUUACGCGGAUUGUUAGGCGAAGCAUAAAGCGUAAAGAAUUAGAAAAACAGCUAGCUCGUGAAGCCUUAAGAGAGGCAUUUGAAGUACGUUUGGAGUCUCAAGAUAAAUCUACUAAAACUUAAAAUUUGUUUUUAGAUGAGUUACGAGAACUAAAUGAAAAAAUGGAAGAGGGACCUGGAUACGAAGAAAUACCUCUUCGACAUCGUCGCCAACGCCUUCGAGGAGCAAGAGGAGCAAGAGAAUAUAUGGAGGAGACUGAAACAAGUGAAGAAAUUAGUGAUGAUGAAGAAGAUUAUCCCCGCCCCCAUAUGCGUUUACCAGGUCUGUUUUACCAAGGUGUUCUGGGAGCCGCUAGAGGAGUUGCAAUUGUUGCAGAUGCAACACGUAGAGGAUUAGUUGGUGCUGCUGAUCUAACACGACAAGGAGUAGCUAGUGCUGCCGAUUUAACAAGAGAGGGAUUAGUGGGAACUGCGGGUUUAGCACGACAAGGAAUGGCUUCGUCUGUUGUAGGAGAUUUAGCUUCAGCUUUGGGAGAUCUAGCAUCUGCGUCAGCAUUGGCGUUAGGAAACCUAACUUCAUCUGGUGUAUCUACUCUUGUAGACGCUGCAGCAACUGGUGUAUCCUCAUUAUUAGUAGAUCCUUUGAGAAGUGCAAGUAAUCUUAUUAGGAGUUCAUUUACCCCUAGUGUUUCAUCUUCUGACGUAUUCCCAGAAUCUCAAUCUAUUUCGGCAUCAGAUGUGUUUCCUAGUUCCCUACCUGGUGUUCCUACAGAAGGUUUAGUAACGUCAAAUCCAACAAAUAUUUGGCCAUCCGGCCAUCCUUUGGAUUUUUUAUCUGAUUCUCCUUAUCCUAUGAGUCUGUCAUCAUCCUUACCAUUCCUUUCAUCAGAAAUCCCCUCGUAUGAAGUAGUGCCUUCAGAUCAAGCAGCACAAUAUUCAGGCUCACCGCAACAACCGCAGUGGUCACAACAGUUGCAAAUACCACCAUACGAUAAACCCCUAGCUGCUUCUUACUAUGCUCAACCUCGAGAAGUUAUCGAAGAACCUUUUCCUGGUUUUACGUCUCCAACACCUGCAUUUUCAUCUUCACUACCCUUAUUCGCACCCACUUUCGCGCCCAGACCCGUGGAAGAACCUACGUCUUCUCUUGCAUCACGAAUGUCAUCAUCCUUACCAUUCUUUUCAUCAGAAAUCCCCUCGAAUCAAGUAGUGCUUUCAGAUCAAGCAGCACAAUAUUCAGCCUCACCGCAACAACCGCAGUGGUCACAACAGUUGCAAAUACCACCAUACGAUAAACCCCUAGCUGCUUCUUACUAUGCUCAACCUCGAGAAGUUAUCGAAGAACCUUUUCCUGGUUUUACGUCUCCAACACCUGCAUUUUCAUCUUCACUACCCUUAUUCGCACCCACUUUCGCGCCCAGACCCGUGGAAGAACCUACGUCUUCUCUUGCAUCACGAAUGUCAUCAUCCUUACCAUUCUUUUCAUCAGAAAUCCCCUCGAAUCAAGUAGUGCUUUCAGAUCAAGCAGCACAAUAUUCAGCCUCAUCGCAACAACCGCAGUGGUCACAACAGUUGCAAAUACCACCAUACGAUAAACCCCUAGCUGCUUCUUACUAUGCUCAACCUCGAGAAGUUAUCGAAGAACCUUUUCCUGGUUGUACGUCUCCAACACCUGCAUUUUCAUCUUCACUACCCUUAUUCGCACCCACUUUCGCGCCCAGACCCGUGGAAGAACCUACGUCUUCUCUUGCAUCACGAAUGUCAUCAUCCUUACCAUUCUUUUCAUCAGAAAUCCCCUCGAAUCAAGUAGUGCUUUCAGAUCAAGCAGCACAAUAUUCAGCCUCACCGCAACAACCGCAGUGGUCACAACAGUUGCAAAUACCACCAUACGAUAAACCCCUAGCUGCUUCUUACUAUGCUCAACCUCGAGAAGUUAUCGAAGAACCUUUUCCUGGUUGUACGUCUCCAACACCUGCAUUUUCAUCUUCACUACCCUUAUUCGCACCCACUUUCGCGCCCAGACCCGUGGAAGAACCUACGUCUUCUCUUGCAUCACGAAUGUCAUCAUCCUUACCAUUCUUUUCAUCAGAAAUCCCCUCGAAUCAAGUAGUGCUUUCAGAUCAAGCAGCACAAUAUUCAGCCUCACCGCAACAACCGCAGUGGUCAGAACAGUUGCAAGCCUACAUACACUAAACCCCUAGCUGCUUCUUACUAUGCUCAACCUCGAGAAGUUAUCGAAGAACCUUUUCCUGGUUUUACGUCUCCAACACCUGCAUCUUCAUCUUCACUUAUACUUGCAGAUCCACAACUUCCUUCUGAAAUAAGAGGAGUUAAUUUAUCAUCUCAUAUUUCUAAACAAAGGGUAUAGUCAGCAUUUACAGUUAGUCUGUAAAAAUUAAUUCCCAUUUUAUACUUAUAACCGCCUUGAGAAUUCUUA